AAAAAUGUGGUGUUUGGGUAUUUGUGUACACACCGUUAAUAUGUGAAAGUCUAGAUCUUUAGUUGUUCUUCAUCCAUCGCUUUACCGCUUAAAAGUCUGGAUUUCUGAUUCUCCGACUCUCCGAUUCGUCUUUACGGCGAUGCGUUUUGUCAUCUGGAAUUAUUAUUCCUUAAUCCUUGAAUUUGACAGAAUCAACAAUUGAGGCCGAGAUUGAUUUCAAUUUGAGCUGCUUCUGACGCAAUUUCUUCCCUGAGAAAAGACCUUUCAUGUACAUAAAAAAACAACAAGAAAUUCGAGAAUUUUUAGUCGGAAAAUGGUGGGCGCAACUUUGUUUCACCGGAGAAAGCAUUCAUGGCCGCCUGAGGAAUUCAUAAACAGAAGUACUCUACAAUUACUCGAUUUCGAUAGUGCUGCUCCGCCACCACACGCAUGGAGGAGGAGAUUAAACUGCCAUGCGAAUAUCUUAAAAGAGUUCACUAUAACGUUUAGAGAAGCCAUUAAAAUGGUGCGCUUGGGGAUACGAUUAUGGUCUUAUGUUAGAGAAGAGGCCUCUCAUGGAAGGAAAGCACCUAUCGAUCCUUUCACCAGGGAGAACUGUAAACCAUCCGCAUCCCAAGGUGUUCCACUUGGAGGAAUGGGAAGUGGAAGCAUAUCUAGGGGCUUCAGGGGUGAGUUUAAGCAGUGGCAAAUUACUCCUGGAACGUGCGAUCCAUCACCUAUGAUGUCUAAUCAGUUUUCUAUUUUUAUUUCUCGAGAAGGUGGGCACAAAAAGUAUGCAUCAGUUUUGGCUCCAGGCCAGCAUGGAAGUUUAGGGAAAUCGCGUGAUAAGGGUAUUUCUUCAUGGGGUUGGAAUCUGAAUGGCCAGCAUUCAACUUAUCAUGCGCUAUUUCCUCGGGCCUGGACUAUAUAUGAUGGUGAGCCUGACCCAGAGUUAAAGAUCUCAUGUCGUCAAAUAUCUCCUUUCAUACCAAACAAUUACCGAGAUAGUAGUCUUCCAGCAGCUGUUUUCGUAUAUACACUGGUGAACACUGGAAAGGAAAGGGCAAAAGUCAGCCUUCUUUUUACUUGGGCGAACUCAAUGGGUGGGACUUCGCAUAUGUCAGGGGGUCAUGUGAAUGAGCCAUUCAUAGGCGAAGAUGGGGUUUCCGGUGUCCUCUUACAUCACAAGACAGGCAAGGGAAACCCUCCAGUUACAUUUGCGAUCUCUGCUUGUGAGACUCAGAACGUGAAUGUGACUGUUUUACCAUGCUUUGGAUUGUCUGAAGAUAGUUCUUUUACAGCAAAGGAUAUGUGGGAUAAAAUGGAAAAGGAUGGGAAGUUUGAUCAAGAAAACUUCAAUAGUGGACCGAGCAUGCCUUCAGCAGCUGGAGAUACUAUUUGUGCAGCAGUCUCAGCUUCAGCAUGGGUCGAGGCUCAUGGCAGGUGCACUGUAUCUUUUGCUCUUUCAUGGUCAUCACCAAAAGUGAAAUUUUCAAAGGGAAGCACGUAUGACAGGAGAUACACUAAAUUUUAUGGAACUUCACCAAGAGCAGCUGUGGACCUUGUGCAUGAUGCACUAACACAUUAUAAGAGGUGGGAAGAAGAUAUUGAGGCAUGGCAAAAUCCCAGUCUCAGAGAUGACAGGCUUCCUGAGUGGUACAAGUUCACUCUGUUCAAUGAGCUUUACUUUUUGGUAGCCGGUGGUACAGUCUGGAUAGACUCUGCUUCACUCCAUGGCAAUAGGAAUAACAAGCUUCAACAAUCGGAUUUAGGAAAUUCAAAUGGUAAAGCAAGUGGAGUUGACAAAAAAGACCAGCAGAAUAACCGUGAUAGUAGCGACAGCAAUGGAAUAAAAAGUAAUGGGGAAGCAUCAGUUACUCACAAAAAGAAUGGUUUAUUUGUUGACACUUCGCACGUAGAUGAUGACGACGAUGUUGGUCGGUUUCUGUACUUGGAAGGCGUGGAGUAUGUGAUGUGGAACACAUAUGACGUGCACUUUUACGCAUCAUACGCGCUCCUUAUGCUAUUUCCGAAGAUCGAGCUAAAUAUCCAGCGGGAUUUUGCUAAAGCUGUGUUGUCUGAAGAUGGGAGGAAGGUCAAGUUCCUAGCAGAAGGAAACUGGGGAAUCCGCAAGGUCAGCGGCGCUGUUCCUCACGAUCUAGGGAUGCAUGAUCCGUGGAACGAAAUGAAUGCCUACAACAUACAUGACACAAGCAAGUGGAAAGAUCUUAACCCAAAGUUUGUGCUUCAGGUGUAUAGAGAUUUCGCAGCUACAGGGGAUUACCAAUUUGGAAUAGACGUUUGGCCCGCGGUUCGUGCUGCAAUGGAGUACAUGGAACAGUUUGAUAGAGACAAUGACGAUCUAAUAGAGAACGAUGGUUUCCCAGAUCAGACAUAUGAUACGUGGACUGUUCAUGGCGUGAGUGCAUACUGUGGUUGCUUGUGGCUAGCUGCGCUUCAAGCUGCAGCGGCAAUGGCUCUCCAAAUCGGUGAUAAGUUCUUUGCAGAACUGUGUAAGAAUAAGUUUUUGAACGCAAAGGCAGCACUGGAGACGAAACUCUGGAACGGAUCGUACCUGAACUAUGACAGUGGGACGAGCAGCAACAGCAAAUCCAUACAGACUGAUCAGCUUGCGGGUCAAUGGUAUACCGCAUCUUCAGGCCUGCCUCCGAUUUUCGAGGAUUCCAAAAUCAAAAGCACAUUGCAAAAGAUCUUCGAUUUCAAUGUGAUGAAGACCAAAGGAGGCAAAAUGGGUGCUGUGAAUGGGAUGCAUCCUGAUGGGAAAGUGGACGAGACAUGCAUGCAGUCGCGUGAGAUAUGGACAGGUGUCACUUAUGCAGCUGCAGCUACUAUGAUCCUCUCUGGAAUGGAAGAACAAGGGUUCACUACUGCUGAAGGAAUUUUCACAGCUGGUUGGUCAGAAGAAGGCUUCGGAUAUUGGUUCCAGACACCGGAAGGUUGGACAAUGGAUGGGCAUUACAGGUCAUUGAUAUACAUGAGACCGCUCGCAAUAUGGGGAAUGCAGUGGGCAUUAUCGCUGCCAAAGGCAAUUCUUGAUGCUCCUAAGAUCAACAUGAUGGACAGAGUUCACAUGUCCCCUAGAAGCCGUAGAUUCUCUCACAGCGUCAAAGUUGUGAAACACAAAGCCAAGUGUUUUGGCAAUUCUAAGUUAAGCUGUACCUGCUGAAUAAAUCAGAGUAACUUAAAAAAAAAAAAAAAAAAAAAGAGGAUGAUUAUUUAAGGAGGAAAUAGCCGGACAUGGAGGUUCUAGGUUGUUAUAUAAAUUACAGGUGGGAACUAUUUCCAUUAAAAGAUAAUGGAAACGUUCUUUGAAUGCUGAUGUACAUUUUGCUGAGAGAGAGAAAGAGAGAGAGUUUAUGUUUUGCAGGAAGAUGAUACGUCUGUGACUCAACUCUUGUUGUUUUUUUGGUUACUAAUAUUAUAACCUGAGAAGAACAUUUUGUGUUCAGUCUCCUUAUUGGAUUUUUUUCAGACUUUUCUGCUUCCAUAGAGAAGAAGGAAGAGUGAUUCAAGAAUGUAAAAAGUCUUUUAUUCUUGUUUUGGAUUAAUCCUGACAACAAUUGUAUCCUUAUGUAUCUAUCUUUGAUGAGAGCUGGUUUCAUUUCUCAAGAAUAAGGGAUUCAAGGACACAAACUCUGUUUCUUGUUGGAACAAUGAAGCUUAGUAAUAAAUGUUUUGGAAACAUCUUAAUCCAUUUCGGUACUUUUUCUCGAUCGUGUCUCUUGUCUUAAUGAUCUCAGCAAAAGAGUUCGCAAAAAUUAUUUGCAAAAAUUGGAAGAAACUCUUCUCCUUCUGCAGAGAAUCUUGAUAUUGAUUACUAUUCUAGACCGUUAGAUGUUUCCUGACAGUACAAUACGAUAGCGAUUUGUGACCGUUAGAUCAUGACACUAGAAGAAUCAAGAAACCAAUAUAUUAAUGGUUGAAUUUGCUUUUUCUGUCUCACACGGUGAAGGACAAAUGUCGGGACCUCAGUGCUGCGAAAACCCGCCGGCUCUUAACCCGGAAUCCGGGUCGGGUCAUGUCGAGAAGGUGGGUGGGCUAGACGCCUACGUCUCCGGUUCUCCCGAUUCCAAAUUGUGCGUCCUCCUCAUCUCUGAUAUCUUUGUUCAUCUUUUCUAUUCCCAGGACAAGGGCUAUGAAGAUACAAAGCCAGUACUUGAAGCCAUAAAGAGCAAAGGCAUAACUGCUAUUGGUGCUGCAGGGAUGUGUUGGGGUGCAAAAGUGGUGGGGGAAUUGUCUAAGGAAGAGCUUAUCCAAGCAGCUGUUAUGCUUCAUCCUUCUUUUGUCACAGUUGAUGACAUCAAAGGUGGGAAGGUUCCAAUUGCUAUAUUAGGAGCUGAGUUUGAUAAUAUGUCCCCACCAUCACUCUUGAAGCAAUUUGAGGAGAUUCUUGCUUCCAAACCUGAGGCAAGAAUAUGCUUCUGCAACUCAACAAGUGUGAAUAGUUAUGUGAAGAUAUUCCCGAAAGUCUCACAUGGUUGGACAGUUCGGUACAACACCGAUGACACAGAAGCGGUUAAAGCUGCAGAAGAAGCUCACAAGGAGAUGCUUGAUUGGUUUGUGACUUACAUCAAAUGAUUGAGAAAGACUCUCUUGAGUGAUCUCAUUUGCUACAUAAAUCAAAAUAAGGAGAGAGAGUUGAGUAUUAAAGCACUCUUUGUUUGUGUAUCUCUCUACCCUCUCUAUUGUCUCUAUAGCUUUUGAAGUUAUGUUACCAUGUUGUGUGAGUUUGGUCUGUUGAUUAUGCCUUUUGGUUAUCAUUGUUUUAUGAUUGCAAAAAAGUUUUACCAAAAUAUCAUUUGAAUCGCAAACUUUUUCUUCGAUACUAAAAGAGAUUGGAUUAUUUUUCUUAUAAUCUUAUAAAGAAAAUCUUGUCAUUAAGAAUUCG